UUUGUGGGAGAAGAUAUAUACGCACCAAAAAGAACACCCACCCCUUAAAUUACAAACCUAGAGAGAGAAACCGAAGAUCCACAAUCUCUCUCUCUCUCUCUCUCUCUCUCAUCACUCAUACUCUUCUGCUCUUCGAUUCUAAACAAACCUCCAGUCAGAGCUGUAGGCUGGUGUGAAUCCUAAUCAAAAUGAACGAGCGGAAAACAAUAGACUUAGAGCAAGGAUGGGACUUCAUGCAGAAAGGCAUUACAAAGUUGAAGAACAUUCUAGAAGGCCUUCCUGAGCCACAAUUCAGCUCAGAAGACUACAUGAUGCUCUACACAACCAUUUACAACAUGUGCACACAGAAACCGCCUCAUGACUACUCUCAACAAUUAUAUGAUAAAUAUCGCGAGUCUUUUGAAGAGUACAUUACUUCAACGGUGUUACCUUCUUUAAGAGAGAAACAUGACGAGUUCAUGCUCAGGGAGCUUGUAAGAAGGUGGUCUAAUCAUAAAGUCAUGGUUCGGUGGCUCUCCCGAUUCUUCCACUAUCUUGAUCGCUACUUCAUCGCCCGCCGAUCUCUUCCUCCACUGAAUGAAGUUGGACUUGCUUGUUUUCGGGAUCUGGUAUAUAAAGAGGUGAAUGGGAAAGUAAGAGAUGCUGUAAUAUCUCUGAUUGAUCAAGAGCGUGAAGGAGAGCAGAUUGACCGAGCGUUACUGAAAAACGUUCUAGAUAUAUUUGUUGAGAUAGGAAUGGGGCAAAUGGAGUACUACGAGAAUGAUUUUGAAGCAUCCAUGCUUAAAGAUACCGCAGCAUAUUAUUCACGCAAGGCUUCAAACUGGAUUUUAGAAGAUUCAUGUCCAGAUUACAUGCUCAAAGCAGAGGAGUGCCUGAAAAGGGAAAAAGACAGAGUUUCUCAUUAUCUUCAUGUCAGCAGCGAGCCAAAGCUGCUUGAGAAAGUUCAACAUGAGUUGUUGUCUGUCUAUGCAACUCAAUUGCUUGAGAAGGAACACUCUGGCUGUCAUGCAUUGCUCAGGGAUGACAAGGUUGAUGAUUUAUCAAGGAUGUACAGACUCUUUUCAAAGAUACCAAAAGGACUAGAUCCUGUAUCUAGUAUGUUUAAGCAGCAUGUCACCGCUGAAGGUACAACUUUGGUCAAACAAGCUGAAGAUGCUGCAAGUAACAAGAAGGCUGAAAAGAGAGAUGUGGUUGGCUUGCAGGAACAGGUUUUUGUUAGGAAAGUGAUCGAGCUUCAUGAUAAGUACCUGGCUUAUGUAAAUGACUGUUUUAAUAAUCAUACUCUCUUCCACAAGGCACUUAAAGAAGCAUUUGAAAUAUUCUGCAAUAAGGGUGUUGCUGGAAGUUCAAGUGCAGAGUUACUUGCCACAUUUUGUGAUAAUAUUCUUAAGAAGGGUGGAAGUGAGAAAUUG